GUCUGUCCCAAGUGUUGACAGCCCCUCCUCCCCCCGAUGAAAAAAAAAACACACCAUCAUUCACUUAACCUCCUACAUUUUGUCUGAUGUGUUUUGCGUGGACAACUGAUUGGUGUUUUGCUCUAUGAUUCUCUAAAAGUGGCUCGAUGAGUGCGCAAAGUAACAGUGGAAGUUUGGAGGGGACGCCAUCUUGGCUCCAGCAGCAGCUGCAGCGGCUCUCGAGCGCGUCCCCGGCGCCGCUUCCACACACACUCGGCGCGCCGCUCGCACCAGCCAAAGAAGGUCCUAUGGAGGAGCUGCACAGUUUGGACCCGCGCCGGCAGGAGUUGCUGGAGGCCAGGUUUCUGGGUGGAGUCAGUGGAAACACAGUGGGCAGCACUGGCAGUGCUAGCGGAGGAACCAAAACCUUGACAAACAACGAAUGUUCCAAUCACAGUUUCGGUAGUCUGGGCUCCUCCAGUGAUAAAGAGUCAGAGGGAUCAGAUGGGAAAAGAGGAAGCUCUCCUGCGUAUUCAACUCCUGAAAAGAAGCACUCUGAAUCAUCACGGGGCAGGAAGAGGAAAGCUGCUGACAACCAAUCAGAAAGCAGUCAGGGGAAGUCCGUCAUUCGGGGCCCGAAAAUUAGUGAUUAUUUUGAUAAUAACAAACUGAUGAGUCAGACAAAAUCUCAAAUCUCAUUGAUAUUAUGCACAUUAAAACCUCAUGUGUUGACGAUGCACAUGAGCUCGAAGUUUCAGGGUGGUAAUGGGUCCAGUCCAGUAAGAGGUUUACCGCCUGUCAUCCGUUCACCCCUGAACUCACAUUCCCACUCUGCACCUGGAUCCAGCACCCGGCAAAGCAGCUCGUCUCCCACCAGCCUGUGUUUUGGGGACUCUGUGAUUUCUUCUAGACUGAUGGCAGUCAAGAGUAUUCAGACUGACCUGACGGUGGUAAAACUGGCCACUAUAGAGAGCAAUAAGAACCUGGACCUGGAGAAGAAGGAGGGCAGGAUAGACGAUCUGCUGCGGGCAAACUGUGAUCUAAGACGACAAAUUGAUGAACAACAAAAGCUCCUAGAAAAGUACAAAGAACGUUUAAACAAGUGCAUCACCAUGAGCAAGAAACUUCUGAUUGAGAAGAGCACACAGGAGAAGCAGGCGUGUCGGGAGAAGAGCAUGCAGGAUCGACUGCGUUUGGGUCAUUUCACCACUGUGAGACACGGAGCCUCGUUUACAGAGCAGUGGACAGACGGAUAUGCCUUCCAGAACCUCGUCAAACAGCAGGAAUGGAUCAUUCAACAACGUGAAGAAAUCGAAAGACAGAGGAAAUUGUUAGCUAAGAGAAAACCACCAGCAUCCAGCAGCUCACAGUCGCCCAGCACCAACUCUGAGCCGAAACAACGAAAGACCAAGGCUGUGAACGGUUCUGACAACGACCCCUUCCUCAAACCCAGCCUUCCACAGCUGCUAACAUUAGCUGAGUACCACGAGCAGGAGGAGAUCUUCAAGCUGAGACUCGGCCAUCUCAAAAAGGAGGAGGCAGAGAUUCAGGCAGAGCUGGAGAGGUUGGAGAGGGUGCGAAAUCUUCACAUCCGAGAGUUGAAAAGAAUAAACAAUGAGGACAGCUCACAAUUCAAGGACCAUCCCACCCUGAAUGAACGCUAUCUGCUGUUACAUCUGCUCGGUCGGGGUGGUUUCAGUGAGGUCUACAAGGCGUUUGACUUAAUUGAGCAACGGUACACUGCUGUGAAGAUUCAUCAGCUCAACAAAAACUGGAGAGAGGAGAAGAAAGAAAAUUACCACAAACACGCCUGCCGGGAAUACCGAAUACAUAAACAGUUGGAUCAUCCCAGAAUAGUAAAACUGUACGAUUACUUUUCACUGGACACAGACACGUUUUGUACGGUUUUGGAAUACUGUGAAGGAAACGACCUGGAUUUCUACUUGAAACAGCACAAGCUGAUGUCUGAGAAAGAGGCUCGCUCUAUCGUCAUGCAGAUCGUUAAUGCUUUACGAUACCUGAACGAGAUCAAGCCACCCAUAAUUCACUAUGACCUCAAACCUGGGAAUAUUUUACUGGUAGAUGGAACUGCAUGUGGAGAGAUAAAGAUCACAGAUUUCGGACUGUCUAAAAUCAUGGACGACGACAACUACGGAGUCGAUGGAAUGGACCUGACAUCCCAAGGCGCAGGCACUUACUGGUACCUCCCCCCUGAGUGUUUUGUGGUGGGUAAAGAGCCUCCAAAGAUCUCCAAUAAGGUGGACGUCUGGUCUGUCGGGGUCAUAUUUUUCCAGUGCCUCUAUGGAAGAAAGCCAUUUGGCCAUAACCAGUCCCAGCAGGACAUCCUGCAGGAGAACACCAUCCUGAAAGCCACAGAGGUUCAGUUCCCUUCCAAACCUGUUGCCAGCAACGAAGCCAAGGCCUUCAUCCGCCGGUGUCUAGCCUACAGGAAAGAGGACCGGUUUGAUGUGCACCAGCUGGGCAGUGACUCCUACCUGCUGCCUCACAUAAGACGGGCCAGUUCCUCAGGAACCCUGGCCCCAAACUCAGCCUCCUAUUGACAACUUGCACUGAGCGCUCUGACUGACAGCCCGACUGGCCAGCGUCUGAUCGCCCUACCCAAGAGCAGGGUGGGAACAUUUCCAGACAGCCAUAAGGAAAAGAAGCUGGCUUCCUCAUCUUGAGGAAGUUUGUGAUGAAUUAUUGUGCUUUUGCAGCGGCGAGAUUUGGGUUUACUGAGAAAAGUGUUUCGGAAGCAAAUGAAGAAAAAUAAACUAUGAAUAUUUAGACAUCUGAAGACUGUCACAAAGUCAUUGAAGAAAAAUAAUGCCUUCUAAGGACUCAAUAGGGCACAGCUACUGUUAAGUACUUUGAAAUCUGACACUUGUCAUUUGGUUUUUCACAUGGUUGCCUCCAAGUUCAAAGAGGAGAGUCCUGGCAAACCACUAUCAAUUCCCAUGGUCUCGGCUGGGUUUCAGUAAAUUAAGGAUUUCUUUGAAGAGCAUACAUUCAGAGUUACUGUAACUGGCGUGCAAAGGUUUCAUUUUUCACUCUGUAGUAAUGUUAUGUGGUACAGACAACAGUGUUAGCUUUCCUUGCUUUGUUCAACUAGCUAUGAGAAUGUAAUUCUAGCAUACAGAGAGGCUACUGGCACACUAGGCCCAGGCAGCAAACUAAUGUUUAAAUGCACAAAAUAACCAAAUGUAGAUGAAUGGCAAUGUACAGAAUCCUAUGCAGGACAAAAUAAAAAGAAUCCCCUCUGG